GGCCCAAGGUGGCAUGGCAGGUCUGAACAUUUGGGUGCGGAAGCAAUUGAGCCAAUCGCGUGGACCAAACAAUCACCAUAAACAGGUCGCAGUCGAUUCGAAGUUCUUGUCUCGAGGCUUCGCAGAAGUUAUUAGCGUCUGUAAGGUGCCCUUGACUGCAACUCUAGGAGCAGGUGAAGUCGGAGUCAUGCUGCAGCAAGGGGGGGAUCACGAUGCAGAGGACGUAGAUGGGCUUGACUGUCGAAAGCACAGCACGAUUGGCUUUAGGGGGAAGGCCUGCGACGUCGCACAGGACUGCAGAGAUGUGUGCCUCAUAGUGGUUGGGUGCGGGCGUGACGCGAGGGAACUUGCCCGUCGUCGUUGCGCUGCGCAUGGCAGGUUGUUAGUACUUUGGACAGGGACGCCUCCCGCUGGCAGUUACCAACCAUCCAAAUUCACGUGGUGUCCACCGCCAACUUCUUUGUCCGAGCCGUGGACCCCUCGCAUCGUCUCCUGCACGCCGCGAGCUGACAUAUUGCGAGAGGUCGUCUAUGACUGCGCUGGGGGAAGGCCGCGAAAAUGGUGCAAACGUGGAGCUGACGUUGUGCUUUUAGAUGAAACUCACACCUACCAGAUUGCCGAAGCCAACUGCGAGAAUUCGCUUAGUGGGCUUCGUGUACUCCAGGGGGGCAAGGUGAUCUGGGAGAUCACAGGUUGUGUAACGAUUGUCGGUCCUGGCUGCGAUGUUGAGCGCGUUCCUGUAGGAGUACAGAACCAAUGUGCAAUGCCAAUCCCACUGCACACGAACACGGGCAUCGUAUGCUGGACGUUGUAUUUUGCCAUAGUUUUUAUCCUUGCCCUGCAUGUGGAGUCCAGCGAUUUCAAUACUUACAGGGGGCUUCCUUUCUGGAGAUCGCCCUUAUGGGUUGGCUAUGGACCUUUUGGUUACCACUAUGUGAACGAUAUGGUUUCGCCAUCUGCCUGCGGCCGCUAUGUUGGUCGGACGUGCCGUGUGCUGGCCGCUGUUCUGUGGGUCGUGCUGGGUGCGACGCUGGCCACGCUGCCAGCUCGUCCCGAUCGUUUCCUCACGUAUUUCUGGGUAGCUGGCAUCGGUACCGGCUUAUACUGUGCAAUUGGUGUUCCAGUACAUCUCGUGUUGGUGGGAAGAUCACCAGCUUAUUGGAGAUGGACGUGUGCACGGUGGCGGAUUUGUGUUGUGCACAUUGGGGUCAUGGUUUAUACUCUAUGGUUUGUGCGCUGUGUUCGUUGCCCUCGGCCGCAACUUUCCGGCCGUAGCUGCCAUUUUGAUGCCCAUCGCCGUGUCUUCAACGGAAGGUCUGACUGUGGUGGUGCUCGCUUACGGGUAUCACCACUACGCUUACAAGGCGAACGCCUCGGGUGAUCAAUACACAGUUCUCACCUGCGCAUUAUCACUGAUACACGCGUUCUCUGAAGGGGCACGCUUAGCAGUCGUCAUCAUGAGUGCUGUUCGGACGAACACGUACAUGUGGGUAUUGUCAACUAUCUGUUCUUUAUUGUUGAAUUUGGCAACUCGCAUGGGAUGGACAAGACUUGCUGUCAUGCGGCUGCUGCAUCUUGUCAAGUCCGGGUCAUGGCAUAUCCUUCGCCCAAGUAUGUGCACCCGAGUACAUUCGCAAGCAAAAUUUCAGUUGGGUUAUGUACGUUUCACUGCACCACUCGCAAUCGGAUUCGUGCGUGGCAUUCUCAAAGGGCGAUCUCCUUUAUCCAACUCUUCAGCAGUCUUGGCGGUGGGUUGCGUUUUCAUGUUUGAGUUCGUAGAAGACCUCAUUGUUUGGAAUGAGUGGCUUCCAUAUGCUAAGCCAUGCGAUCAUCUCCCUGAAUAUUUUACAUGGUAUCGUAACAUUGGUCGCUUCGAUCCGCACCAAAGCUACACCAUCACUUCAAAGCCACACUCCGCAACGUCAUUCGAUGAUCCCCAGGCCAGCAGUCUCUCAGUUGAGCCCGCUCCUGAGGAGGUGGUGAGUCGUCCAUUGCCGCUUCAUGGAGCACGCCGCCUGAGCUUCACGAUGCAUGUCAUCGCCGUGGCGCCCGCAGCCCUGUUUAUUCUCUGCGCUCUGCAGCUGUUUCUCGGAGCUGGCUAUGUCAGUGGGCGUUGCGAGAACCCUCUUGACGAUAUAUUGUCCCAAGCCUUUCUAGUGGCCAUGCAUGCGCCGUGCUAAUAAGUCCGCGCUAUUCUUGUUUUCAGGUAGGGGUCGCCAACGUCUCCGUCUUCGUCGCGUCUUUGCGGGCAUCACUUUCAUCCUUGGCACUUCCUUGCCCCUGCUCGGCCGACGAGGAACAUAAGGCACAACACACACAAGCUUUUGGAGGUCCGCCGCGACGUAACGAUGCAUUAGUUCUCUCCCUGUCGUCCCUUCCUCCUCGCCCACCUUGUCCUCUUUCUCCUUGCUAGGCGCCUUGAGGAGAACACAGGUUGGCGCGGGCAUGCCCGUGGAGGGUCCGGCUGUACCCUGUAGCACGCCAAAGCCGGCUUGGGUUGUCUUGCCCGCCUGUAUUGUCCAUUUGUUUCUUUGUUGGGCGCCUUUGCAGAGUGUCACCUUCAGUGCGUUUCACACUACACUGAUCAAUUGUCCUGUCCAGCGCACUGCCGGGGAGGAGGACCCGCGGACCCGCGCCACCUCCCUGCGGCCGCUGUUCUCUGUUCUGUGUUCUCAUCGUCGGAUAUCUGAGCCAUGAAAUCGCAUUAUGUUUUCCUCAAGUUUUCGAUUCAGCCUUCGCUUGCUUCAGCGCUGCAAUUACGUGUCACAUCUGACGCUCACCGCAGUUAUGCCCAGUGGAUGCCCGCAGUUUGGGGCCAUCUUGCUUGCUGUCGCUUCUGGGAUGGGUUCCCUCGAGCGCCAAGCGUCGCAAGAGUUUCCUAGAGUUAAUUCGGGGUGGGCUCCCUAGUGCGGCACGCUGGAGAUGUACUCGGCGGCCGCGCAUCCUUGCAUCGCUGCCUGACUUGCCGUACGCAGGUGCGAGCGCGAUAAUUUAUGCCACGGUGUGCUAUCUACUGCUUCGGCCCACCUCUGCACUAUGGCCUGUGGUUCCUUCCGCAAUGGUCCAAACCACUCGCCGCGGAGAAUCGCGACAUCUUCACGGCAAGUUUUCGCGCUGGUUCAAGGAGGAGGAGGAGGAGCAGGAGGAGGGGAAGGUACCCCUGCAACAAGAGGCCGCUGUCGCCUGGUUUGGCGACGGAGCGCGCUUUUCUGUACAGAGCAUCGCUUGACCGAUCCCUACACCCCCUGGCGUGGCCCUGACCCCACUGGCCAACUUACCCACCACGGUGGGGAGAUGUGCCCAGCCUCUUGAAGAGGCGGUUUGAAAAAUGGGUUGGUGAAUUAGCUGCGCCAGAGCUGCGUGAGCUCCAGCAGACUUGGCCGGAGCUGAAAGCGAUUUUCAUCAAUUCGAGGCCAGCGUGGGCUUGGGCACACAUCAAAACCAUGGUGGGCGGGUGGACGACCACACACAGAGUCAAGGUCGAGACGCCUGCCAACUGCCUUUUUCGGAUGCCCUCAUUGUCCGGAUUCUUUCCCUCACUAUCUCACUUGCCCCCGCCUCUUUGGCUUUAUGUCCCUCGUUCGCUCCCCUCUCCCCUCCGAUCCCGUCAUCCGCAUUGGGCUCGCUCUCCCGCCAUUGUAUACUUCCCAGUUCGAGCGAGAGAGCGCCCAUGCAUACACGGUGCUGUCAUUUCACUUUUAUAAUAAAGUACGGCACGCUGCAUCCCCACCCCAAUCGGCCUCAUCAUACGUCCACUUACUGCGCGCAGCUCAAGCUGCCAUCAGCAUGUUGAUGCGCGGGCACCUGCUGCGCCUCAUGCUACUUGCGCUCUUCCUCCUCCUCCUCCUCCUCCUCCUCCUCCUCCUCCUCCCCCUCCUCCUCAGGAGCAACCCUGGCCCAAGA